UUGGUUUUCUUGUUGCGUCGCGAUUUUGUGAUCGUGGAAAUAUCGCAUCCGCGGAGUAAUUGUUGUAAUUUAUCUGCGAUUCGGUUGUUCGUCAUGUUUCACAACAAUUUUUAGCCACCUUAGUUGCAGAGGGAAACGCAACGAUGGUACUGCGAGUUCAGUUCUCCGUUUCCUAAAGUAUACCCUCACCAAUCAUAAUAUUAUAAUACACCGCAGUCAAGAUGAUGUCGUCGGGGCAGGAGUUGUUUUCUUUGUACGACAGCUCACCUGAUACGCUGUUCGACAUUAGUAUGAAUUACAUAGUUAAUAAUCUAAAUAUAAUUACGACAUUGGAUCCGAACACUCGAUGGCGUAAGUUGAAAGAUGAUGUGAUUCUACCCUCAGAAAUAUGUGAAAAGUUCUUGGAGGCGUACCAGAAGAGUAACAGAGUAAGUGAUAGCAUAGCAAACAUAUUCCGAGACCGAACGCGCACUAGGCUGUCCGUGGUGAGACUUCGCAACUCGCGUAUCACGGACGAGGGGUUCCGCUGCCUCAUGGAGCACAAGCCCUUCGAGCUCGAAGUGGUCCAGUGCGAGUACCUCAGCCCCAGCUCUCUGGACAUCAUAAACAGUAACAGCCAAAACCUAGUCUCUCUAAAAGUGGGACCUCUGACAUAUGUUCUCUCACAAGAUGAAACUCUCUUCCGGCAGAGAGGAUACAUAAUUGAUGCUCCUAAUUUGAGACGGUUGACCCGUCGAGGACUUGCAGUGUUUCCCUUACUGCUUUUAAAAUCACUGACUAAUCUAACACAUUUAGACUUGUCUAAAACCACAUCAUCAAGCACAAUUUGGGUUUUAAAAGAUUUGAAAAACUUGCGAUCUUUGAUUUUGCACAGUGUGCACUGGACAAAAGAUGUCAUUGAUUGGAUAGCCACCUUGCAUACUUUGAGACAUUUGGAUAUCUCACAGUCUAAUGAUAGGCAUGGGAAAUAUUUCAAACCAAAUGAUGUUUUGGCUAAACUUAUAAAUAAUCUUACCCUUUUGGAAUCCUUGGAUAUAUCAGGGACUAAUCUUGCGGGCUCUGGGGCAGCAGCAGUGUCUAACAGUGAAGGCACAUCAGAUAUUGACCAAGUGAGGUGUGACAUACCUGGCUUAGCUGCCCGAGUCAACAGGCCCCUGGAGUUUCUGGGCCUGUAUGGGACUCACCACGGAGCUUGCAAAAGGCAUGACAUUCCUGCCAAAGUGAUAACAGGUGAUGCCAAUGUAGAACAAAUCUUGACUGCUGCGGCAGCAUAUAUGGAAAGGCCGGCUAUUCUCACGCGUGUCCUCAAUGACCUUUAUUACUUGUUCCGCUAUGAGAACAAUGCUUACAUAGGCAGAGCACUAGCAGUGGUCCUAGAUGCAAUGGAUCAACAUGUUUCUGAAAAACAUAUACAGAUAUCUGGCAGUGCUACACUUUUCUACAUAGUCAAAGGGAAAGAAAAAGGGCGUAUAGGUAUCAGGCUAAAAAAACGAAUAAUCACUGCUCUCUUAGAUGGAAUGGAAGCUCAUCUUGGUGAUGACACGAUGAUGAGGAAUGGCUGUCUCACAUUGUGCCAGUUCAAAAUACCCACAGACGUUUUAUUUGAAUACGAGCGGGUAGUGCAAAUCCUGCUGAAUGGAGUGGCCGACGUGAACCAGGAGGGCUUCGUGCAGCGCAUAGCGAUAUACCUCCUAAACUCGCUCGCUUGCCAGGUCGACGGCACACAGAAGCAAUUCUUGGGCAACCACGGCGCGAUAGGGAAAAUGUUGAACCUGAUCGCGGACCGGCUGGAGCGGCGGCUCUGCGACGACGUGCUGGAGGUCGCGUGGUCCACCAUGUGGAACGUGACGGACGAGACGCCGCAGAACUGCCAGCGGUUCCUGGACAACCGCGGCAUGGAGUUCUUCCUCGCCUGCCUCAAGAGCUUCCCAGACAAAGAGGAGUUGUUGCGCAACAUGAUGGGCCUCCUGGGCAACGUGGCCGAGGUGGCGGAGCUGCGGCCGCAGCUCAUGAACAAGCUGUUCCUGUCCGUAUUCUACGAGCUGCUCGAGUCCUCCAGCGACGGCAUCGAGGUGAGCUACAACGCGGCGGGCGUGCUGGCGCACAUGGCGUCGGACGGGCCGGCGGCGUGGACGGUGGAGGAGCCGGCGCGGGACGCUGUGCUGGCGCGCAUGGCGGCCGCCGUCGAGCGCUGGGACCUGCACGCCGAGCGCAACAUCAACUACCGCUCCUUCGAGCCCAUCCUCAUCCUGCUGCACGCGCACCACACGCCGCAGUGCCAGCACUGGGCCGUCUGGGCGCUCGCCAACCUCACUACUGUCUACCCUGUCAAGUACUGCGACCUGGUAGAAGCCGAGGGCGGCCUCAAGCUGCUGGUGGACCUGCUGAACCACCCGUCGCCGUACGAGCACAUCAAGGACCUCGCCUGCACCGUCAUCGGCAACUGCGCGCGCUUCGCCAACCGCGUCACGCCCCCGCUGCCCGACUCCUUCUCCCCGGACAAUUAACUAACGGAGUACUUCGAGGACAUCCGUCCUCGGCUGGAGGAUUAGCCCACUGCGAACCAAGGUAGCUUAUAACACUCAACGCGUCGAACCGUUGCGACGCUACGAUAUCGUAUGCGAUCAUUAGGACCCAAUACAGUUGCACGGCGCGCGGACUCGCAUACGAUAUAAAGGUUACAUACGACCGCAGCGCACGGCCAACUUAGAUUUUUUUCACGUGAGAGCGAGAAAAAAAUAACUUUCUUGCUCUCAUUUACGUGAAAAAAGCCAGCACAGUCAUUUGUUACCUACUUUAGUUAUAUGAAAUGAAAAAAAUGAAAUGAUAUCUUUUAUUUCAGACAGAUGUCCAUAUUUACACAAAAUAUUAGUAAAACAAUAACACAAUAAAAUUAAAGAACAAUAAAAUAAAACAUCUUACGCUAGAGUUAGUAGAACACAUAAUGCUCGUUAGAUCUCACAUGCAUUGACAUCCAAUGAGUAAUAAGAGGGCCAUCAACCCUUUCUGCAAUCACCCUCAGGAGAGUGCCUCCACAUUGGCUGUUAUAAAUGUUAUAACAUUGUGUGCAAUUGCGUGAUAGUACUGAUAUUACUAUCACACAAUGUUAUUUAUAACUGUCACAUGCAUCAAAUACCGCAAUGUACGGAGACUCGUAUUCGGGUUCUUACAUUUUGUCAUUAGGCCCUUACAAUGCGGCAUUUAUCGGUCCGCUGAAUAAGAUGCAAUGUCAAUAGUCCGAAAUAUUACUAAAAUCGCCCGAAAUAUCGCCGUCUAAAGGAGCUGUAACGCAGGUGUUGCUAGCAUCAGACUUUCGAAAACUAAGAUCGUAACUACACUUGCUAACCUAUUCCUCUUUCAUCGCCAUUCGUCUCAUACAUGUUACAAGGACAUUAAUUAUUAUUACAAACUGUCAAACGAAAUUUCGUAGAAUAAUCUUUAGACCAAUAACUGUUUAAAGUGAUGAAUUUUAAAUCUGUACUACGAUUCGAGACGAAGCGCCAACGAUAGUACUCUUGACUACAUGGCCUGUACACUAUUAUCUCCUUAUUAUUUUACAUUAUUAUUUAAAAUAGCAUGGAUAUAAAUAAGAGUUUUGAAUGAUUCACGGUUAUUUUCAUUAGACUUAUAUUGACCGGGACAGACCGUGAUUACCUUUUU